CUCCGCUCAGCCUGCCGGUAGCUUCACUUCCUGGCGGGGGCGGGGUGCGUUCCUGGGGGCAGCGGUGCUGGGAUGGGGGAGGAAGAGGUGGAGAGGAGGCAGGUGCCGGCUGACGGGGGGGACCCCCCGGGGCUGCCCGUGGGCCCCGUGACCCUGAACGUCGGCGGCACAUUCUACAGCACCACCCUGGAGACCCUGACCCGCUUCCCCGACUCCAUGUUGGGGGCCAUGUUCCGGGGGCCCCGGCCGGCCCGCACCGACCGGCGGGGCCACUACUUCAUCGACCGCGACGGCAAAGCCUUCCGGCACGUCCUCAACUUCCUGCGCCUGGGCCGCCUGGACCUCCCCGAGGGCUACUCAGAGCUGGCCCUGCUGCGGGCCGAGGCGGACUUCUACCAGAUCCGGCCCCUGCUGGCCGAGCUGAGCCGGGUGGCGGCCGAGCAGCGCCAGGCUGGCGCGGUGCUCCACGCCGACGUCGACUGCCAGGAGCGGCUGCUGCAUUUCACUGUCCGGCGCGGGCCGCAGAAUUACGGCCUCAGCACCUGCCCACUUCGCGUCUUCACCGCGAACGUCUUCUGCACCGACGGGCAGUUUUUGGCACUGUUGGGCGGCCGGCUGGGCUCAGCCGGGGGAGCUGGUCCCCACCUGAGCCAUCUCGCCAAGGCCGAAUCCAACCACCAGCUGGGCACCGCCGGGGAUGGGGAACCCGAGGCUGCCCAAGAGGAGGGAUCCGGUCACGGGCUGCGCCCCUCCGUCCCCGUGGAGGAGGGGGAAGCCCGGAGCCGGCACCACCUGCGUCUGGAGUGGGCCCCGCGGCCCCCGGACCUCCCCGAGGCGGAGUACGCCAAGCAGAAAGUGCGGCCUCUCUGGACGGCGCCGCCGGACGAGCGGGAGGUGGUCACAGCGGCAGAGUUCCUGGAGGAGGUGCUGAAGACGGCUCUGGACCAAGGCUUCCGGGUGGAUUCGAUCUUCCCCGACCCGGAGGAUAUCCUCAACUUGCGCUCGUUGCGCUUCGUCCGCCACUGACCGUGCAGGAGGGGGCAGAAGAACCGGCCGGGAUACGAGGAGUUGGGGGGGCUGCUCUCACCUGAUCGCAGUGGUGGGCACUGAACCGAUUCUCUGUCUCCCGAUGGGUCCUGCGUUCCCGUCGACGCCCUGGGUUUUGGGGAGCGGAGCCCAGCCGGGUCCUGACCCACUCCCCCCACAGCUGGGAAAUGAAGACCCUGGGAUCGGAACCAGCCGCCUGACUGAGUGGGGGUCACAAGGGACUUCCAGCUCCCCUGCCCAGAGCUUGAGCUGUUACUUGUGGGGGGGAGGAUGGUGACCUUUUGGGGUGACUGAUUAAUGUCUGUAUCUGCACUUUAAGGUUAUGUUGCUAUUGUACAGUUAAUUCCCCCCCCAUGGCCCUACCUUCCCCCUGCUGCACGUAUGGGAAUGGAGGCAGCUGGGAGCCGGACU